UUAUCACAGGGGACAGGGCUUUGUCAAAGGAGCGAGUGUAUCUAUUUUCUCUGGGCGAGAGAGGUGUUUGCGCUAUCGUCUUUUUCUUCAUCUCUUCUUAUUUUCAUACAAUUUUUUAUAUCUAUAUUGUUGAAAUGACCUCGACCAAGCCGCAUUCAAAAGACCUCUCGGUGUACUUCACAGAGUCCGCCAAGCAGCGUGACAACAGUCCUCUGAAAUCGCUCAUGAAGUACAUGUCCGCCGAUCCUGCCCUCGUCUCUCUCGGUGCAGGGCUCCCGCACCCCUCGACCUUCCCCUUGGGCGCCCUCACCACGCUUGUCGCCCAACCCGGCCACAUGCUUUCCGAAUGCGCCCACCCCCCAGCAACCAGCAUCCAGGUGAACCAACCAACGAGCAAAACCGAAGGACUCGAGCGGUUUCUCCAAUACGGCAAUGGCCGCGGAGUCCCCAGCUACUCAGCCUUCGCGCGCACGCACACCGCCUCGGUCCAUAAUCCGCCAUACGCAGACUGGGACGUUGUGCCUUCGGUGGGCAAUACGGAUGCGUUUGUCAAGGCCCUGAUGUUGUUCUGCGACCGCGGGGACACGCUUGUGGUCGACGAGUGGACGUACCCGGCGAUUCUCGGCACGGUGGGCCCAAUGGGCAUCCGUGUGGCCAGCGUAAGGAUGGACGCGGAGGGCGCGGUGCCGGAGGAUUUGGACCGCGUGUGCGGGGAAAACCGGGUGCGUGUCGCGUACAUGAUUCCGACGGCGCAGAACCCGACGGGUGCGACAAUGUCGCUGGAGCGUAAGCGCGCGGUGUACGCGGUGGCGCAGAAGCACGACCUCGUCUUGAUCGAAGAUGACCCGUACUAUUACCUGCAGUUUGGCGCAUACGAGGAGCCGGCGGAGGGUGUGGAUAGGCUGCGCGGAUUGCCCGGGAUUAAGGGGCUGAUCCCGUCGCUGCUGUCCCUGGACACCGACGGGCGGGUUAUUCGGCUGGACUCGUUCAGCAAAAUCCUCGCCCCCGGGCUGCGCUGCGGCUGGGUGACUGCCCCGCGAUACAUCGCGGACAAAAUCCAGUUCCACAACGAAACCACGGUGCAGCAGCCCUCGGGGCUCAGCCAAGCGCUGGUCUCCAAGCUGCUGAACGAGGACUGGGGCCACAGCGGCUGGGAAAGCCACCUGCUGAGGACCCAGAGGGAAUACGCUGUGCGCCGCGAUGUCUUUGUCGACCUUUGCCGCGAAAAGCUCAAGGGCCUGGCGGAGUUCACGGUGCCGCAGGCUGGCAUGUUCCUGUGGUUCCGCAUUGUGCUGCCGCCGCAGCUCGAGCAAAGGCAGGGGGUCAUGGACGAGGUGUUUGCGAGGAUGAUCGAGAAACACGUGCUGCUUGUGCCCGGCCGCAUGUUCUCAGCGAAAGGCGUGGAUGGGCCUUACAUGCGCGCGGCCUUCUCGUACGCAUCCGUAGAGGAUCUGGGCGUGGCCGUCGACCGGCUGCGCGAGGCGCUGCUGACGUUCCAGCAGGAAAAGUAGAUAGGCGAGCUAGAUAUAGAUUAGGAAACAACGGAUUAGUUCGGCCUUUCGGCAAGAAAAAUAGAUAGGAAUUAGCUG